CCGACCGAUCGGUACCACGACCGAUAAUCGGAAAAAAGCAAAUGCAAUUAUCAAUCUCAAUCUACUAAUCUCUAAACUUAUUCACGUCUGCCGAGAUCUUCGGCAUAUUAUGACCAUAUCAUGCGUCGUAACAUCUUCAAACCCCUUUUCCCUUCUAGACCAGAGAAGCUUCAUUCUCACGCAUCAUACGAUGCAACAGAAUCACCUGAUGGGCCGUGAGCCACGACCACAACAGUCCACCAUGAUCCAACACCUCAUGCUGAGCAAUCACAACCGCUAUUUCAACUGCAACCAACUCACUGUAUAAAUCGCCGAUACCGCCCAUGAGUGCCGCCCCCGCAAUAAUAACCUAAUGCCUCGCAUCCUUCGCUGGACAAUGAGCAGGCCGCAGAUCCUGUUCCUUUCAUGCAUUGGCUUCGCAGUCGCUCUAACUGCUAUGCUCUACGGAAACUUCAUUAAACCUUCGACUAUAACUUCUGUUUUCUCAAAGACCAUGUCUACGCGUCCCGUUGUCGUCGUCGGCUCCGGCCUCGCUGGUUUAUCAGCAUCGUAUGAGGCUCUUCAGCGCGGGGCUCCAUCAGUUCAUCUUCUUGAUCGUGCGCCUAAGCCUGGCGGUAACAGUAUCAAGGCUUCAUCUGGUAUUAACGGUGCGGGCACCAAGUAUCAGCGCGCUGCUGGCGUGGAGAGCGAUACACUUUUCUACAGCGACUCUGUUAGAUCGGCCGGGUCGCGAUUCCAUCUUACACAACCUCCUGUUGAUCGUGAGGCUCUCAUCACAAAACUCACUACCGAAUCAGCAGCCGCCGUCAACUGGCUCGUUGAUGAGAUCGGUGUAGAUCUCAGUGUCGUGGCACCUCUUGGUGGCCACAGCGUUGCUCGCACUCACCGCGGCGCUGGAAAGACACCGCCCGGAGCCGCCAUUAUCAUCGCUUUACUCAACAAACUCAAGGAGAAUGAGAAGUUCUCUAUUACAAACCUUGCUGAAGUCAAGGCACUACUUAAGGAAGGAAAUACCGUCAAAGGUGUCGAGUACGAAUUGGAAGGGAAGAAGCACAAUCUUGAAGGAUCAGUCUUAUUCGCCAGUGGUGGCUUCGCUGGAGAUGCCACAGGUCUUCUGGCACGUUAUCGCCCUGACUUAAAGGGUAUCCCUUCGACGAACGAGGAGAGACCCGGAUCUCACGAUAUUCUUACAGCUGUUGGAGCCGAGCUAUUAGAUAUGGACAGCGUGCAAAUCCAUCCAACAGGCUUUGUCGACCCAGCGCUGCCCAACUCUAUGCUCAAGUUCCUCGCAGCUGAAAUGCUUCGUGGUGAAGGCGGUAUUCUUCUUUCACCUGAGGGUUCUCGCUUCGUUAACGAGAUGGAUACUCGUGAGCAUGUCAGCAACGCGAUUAUGAAGCUUCCAACUGCCACUGAUGGCGACGGCGUUAUCAAGCAAUGGGAUAUUACUAUUCUUCUUGACCCUGGUGCCUCUGCUGCAUCGGCUAACCAUAUUGGCUUCUAUGAGUGGAAGGGCCUUCUCAAGAAGGUCAAGGUGCGCGAUCUCAAGCCCGCUCAGAUUGCUGCUGUCGAUAAAUAUGCCAAGGCUGUCGCUGAGGGCACAGAUGAUGAGUUCGGCCGUAAGCAGCGGGGACGUUGGACACUCAAGGCCGGAGAGGAGAACCGCGAUGAGGAUAUCUAUAUCGGCCGAGUAACACCUAUCACACAUUUCACCAUGGGAGGAGUGGCCAUUGAUGAGAAGGCCCGCGUAUUGACGAAGAGUGAGGAUAAGCUUGUACCCAUUCCAGGUCUUUUUGCUGCCGGUGAGAUCACGGGUGGUAUUCAUGGAGAUAACCGCCUGGGAGGAUCUUCCCUACUGGAGUGUGUUGUGUAUGGAAGGACGGCUGGUGCUGAGGUUGUUGGCUCGGCUCAGUGAGACGAUCACUGCUUUUACUGCAUGUUCAACUCACGGAUGUGAGGUGUGAUUAUUUAGAGUUUAGCAUAGGAUAAUGGAC